CGGGGCCAAGGGCGGAAAUGGGUGUGAUAGGGACGGGAGCCGAGAGGGCACGCACUCUGAGACAAAAUACUGGAAGUGGGAGCCUCAGGGUCGAAGGGAUGAUUCCCCCGCAGGAGGCGUCCGCCCGGCGGCGGGAGAUCGAGGACAAGCUGAAGCAGGAAGAAGAGACGCUGUCCUUCAUCCGAGACAGCCUGGAGAAGAGCGACCAGCUCACCAAGAACAUGGUGUCUAUCCUGUCAUCCUUUGAGAGCCGCCUGAUGAAGCUGGAAAACUCCAUCAUCCCUGUUCACAAGCAGACAGAGAACCUGCAGCGGCUGCAGGAGAAUGUUGAGAAGACUCUGUCCUGCCUGGACCACGUCAUCAGCUACUACCACGUGGCCAGUGACACUGAGAAGAUCAUCAGGGAGGGCCCCACAGGUAGGCUGGAAGAAUACCUGGGAAGCAUGGCCAAGAUUCAGAAGGCUGUGGAAUAUUUCCAGGACAAUAGCCCAGACAGCCCAGAGCUCAACAAAGUGAAGCUGCUAUUUGAGCGGGGAAAGGAGUCCCUGGAGUCCGAGUUCCGUAGCCUGAUGACCCGGCACAGUAAGGUCGUGUCCCCUGUGCUCAUCCUGGAUCUGAUCAGUGGCGAGGACGAGCUGGAGGUCCAGGAGGAGAUGUCCCUGGAGCACCUGCCCGAGGGCGUGCUCCUGGAUGUCGUCCGCAUCUCCCGCUGGCUUGUGGACUACGGCCACAACCAAGAUUUCAUGAACGUCUACUACCAGAUCCGCUCCAGCCAGCUGGACCGCUCCAUCAAAGGCCUGAAGGAGCAUUUCCGGAAGAGCAGUUCUUCCUCCGGGGUUCCCUACUCCCCUGCUAUCCCCAACAAAAGGAAGGACACACCCACCAAGAAGCCCAUCAAGCGGCCAGGGACGAUCCGGAAGGCUCAGAACCUUCUGAAACAAUAUUCCCAGCAUGGUCUAGAUGGGAAAAAGGGGGGCUCUAACCUCAUUCCUCUGGAAGGUCACGAGCAUGAUUUCCGAGUUAAGCACCUGUCCGAGGCCCUGAACGACAAGCACGGGCCGCUGGCCGGGAGAGAUGACAUGCUGGACGUGGAGACCGAUGCCUACAUCCACUGCGUCAGUGCCUUCGUCAAGCUGGCCCAGAGCGAGUACCAGCUGCUGACGGAAAUCAUCCCUGAGCACCAUCAGAAAAAGACCUUUGAUUCCCUGAUACAGGACGCACUAGACGGGCUGAUGCUCGAGGGGGAGAAUAUCGUGUCUGCUGCGCGGAAGGCCAUCGUCAGACACGACUUCUCCGCGGUGCUCACCGUCUUCCCCAUCCUGCGGCACCUGAAGCAGACCAAGCCUGAGUUUGACCAGGUGCUCCAGGGAACGGCCGCCAGCACCAAGAACAAGCUGCCCAGCCUCAUCACCUCCAUGGAGACGGUUGGAGCCAAAGCGCUGGAGGACUUUGCCGACAAUAUCAAGAAUGACCCGGACAAGGAAUACAACAUGCCCAAGGAUGGCACUGUGCACGAGCUCACAAGCAAUGCCAUCCUCUUCCUGCAGCAGCUCCUGGACUUCCAGGAGACGGCGGGUGCCAUGCUGGCCUCCCAAGUGCUUGGGGACACAUACAAUAUUCCUUUAGACCCCCGAGAGACCAGCUCUUCCGCCACCAGCUACAGCUCCGAGUUCAGCAAGCGCCUGCUGAGCACCUACAUCUGUAAAGUCCUGGGCAACCUGCAGUUGAACUUGCUGAGCAAGUCCAAGGUGUAUGAGGACCCUGCUCUGAGCGCCAUCUUCCUGCACAACAACUACAACUACAUCCUCAAGGCCCUCGAGAAGUCCGAGCUGAUCCAGCUGGUGGCCGUGACCCAGAAGACCGCCGAGCGCUCCUACCGGGAGCACAUCGAGCAGCAGAUCCAGACCUACCAGCGCAGUUGGUUAAAGGUGACUGACUACAUAACCGAGAAGAAUGUACCCGUCUUCCAACCGGGAGUCAAGCUCCGGGACAAGGAGCGGCAGAUGAUCAAAGAGCGCUUUAAGGGCUUCAAUGAUGGCCUUGAAGAAUUAUGCAAGAUCCAGAAGGCCUGGGCUAUUCCUGACACAGAGCAGAGGGACAAGAUCCGCCAAGCCCAGAAACACAUUGUCAAGGAGACUUAUGGGGCCUUUCUGCACAGGUACGGCAGCGUGCCCUUCACCAAGAACCCUGAGAAGUACAUCAAAUACCGCGUGGAGCAGGUGGGCCACAUGAUCGACCGCCUCUUUGACACCUCCGCCUGAGCCUGCUGCUGCCCCCGCCUGGUUGCACAGACCUGGUUGCACAGCCAUGUUAUCGGACACAUAAACCAAUGUUAACCUGCCUGUGUACCGGGUGAGCUCCACGUCCUUGGGGACAGGGACGUUUCUUCACCGCCCAGGCUAGGAGCCCUGUCCCUGGACCCUUGAGUCCUGGCCUGUGCUUCUUCCUGCAUCCCCCGUUCCCCACCAAACUAGGCCUCUCCUGGGCGCUGGGCUUUGUGUCCCUGACCGUAGCCUGCAGGGGCCACGUGAUGGCUUCAGAACAGGAAAGGACAGAGAAGGAAGACCAAGGCUCAUGCCCACAGCUGCCUCGUGUGCACAAGAGCAGCAGGGCACAACGAGCCCUCCGCCAGGCCAGUUCAGAACUGGGGGUGCAGCACCCCCCUUCAGCCCAGACAUGUGGGUGGGCUCCGAGGAGCCAGAUGGCUUGGAAAAAAAGCAAGCAGGAUUGAGCUGCUCUCGGGUUUAGUGCAGGAAACACAUUCCCCGUUGCCCACAUCCUGAGGGUUGGGGGUGUUCUGCCUGCCAGGUCGCUGUAGCAGCAGUGCUCCCUCUCCAUGCCCUCUGGGGUCCAGCGCACCUCAAGAGUUCAGACGCGUUCUGACCAGCCUCGGCGGCCUGGCUCUUGGGCCCUGUCACCUGGUCCCGUGCUCCUGGCCCACGGCCAAGCACCAGUAGUUGCAAAAGGAGCAGUUAGGCUGCUUGAGGGCGGUGGUCAGGGGCUGUGACAUGGGGCCCCACCUACAUAGGACAAAAGUGGACAGCUGAGCUCAAUGAAGACAGACCCUUACGGUGCACUUGCACUGGGGUGAUGGGUUUAUUUCACACUCUGUACGCUAAGAGAAGGGCAAGCUCAGGGCGGCCUGGGCUCUCCAGGCUUAGGGAAGAGCGUCCACCUCCCUCCCCCCUCUCCAGAGACCCGUCAUGGCCCUCCCCGAGGUCUGCAGCCCAGGUCCUGCCCUUUACAGCCUGGGCUGCCCGCCAUGGGGUGCGGCCUCGCCGGGGGCUGGAUCAGACUUGCAUGUUGCCCACAUCCAGAGUCCAGCGAAGACAAACUGGCUACACACCAUCCCCGCCACAUACACCAGGAAGAAGGUGUGGUCAGCAGCCUCAGCCCAGCUGCUCCAGGACCCCUUUACUCCUCUGGGGGCUUCUGGGGGGCAGAGACAGGGAAAGCAGCUGCCCUUCAGGGCUCACCCCACACGCUCCACCAGAACAGAAGGGUGAAGCCCAGGGGCUGUCAGCUGUAUUUCUCCCUUAGAUCCACGACUAGUGAACAUCUAAGUCUGGCCCAUUCUAGGCCAUCUUGAAUUGAAGAAACACCCUCCUGGAGAGGCGCCACAGGCACGGGUUAUGUCAGGGAGUUGGAACUCCCCCAGGCCUUCAGGAGGCUAACGUUGCUCCCUGCUCCAGACCUGCUUCUUCUGAGGGCCAAGGUGCUGGAACCCAGGAACAGUGGAGCCCACAGCCUAAUGCAAGGAGCCUCAGAAUAGUCCAGCGACCCCGACCCCAGCCCCAGGUGUGCAGCCUGCCAGCUCUGCACCUGUCAAACCUGCUCUUGGCCUCAUUCCUCACCACCCCCCACCCCCCAGGAAGGGCCCCAGCCCAUGCCCACCUUCAGGAUUAGGCCCUGGGUGCCCAGGAUCUUGCCGCUCCCCUCUUGGGGCUGGGCUGGGGCUGCUCUUGGCCCUGAGGUGACCCCUGGCCAGCAGCCCGGCCAACAGCACGGUCUCCAUGGUACUAAUGAAGAGCAGCAGCAGCAGGACGGUGAAGUAGUAAACUGGAAAGGGGCGGGGGCACAGGUCAGGGCCUCCAGCGCCCAGGUAGCUGAGCAGAGGUGGGGAGCAACACUGUCGCU